UUUAAAGACUUUGUGCAUGUCAAUUAUUUAUUGGUGUAAAGUUUGCUUUGUAUUUUGGUAAAACGAUGACUGGAGUUUUUGACAGUUUAGCUGCAGAUAUGCAUUCGAACCAGAUUACCUCGAACAGCUACCACAGCAUGCACAAAUCCCAGGAAUCUCCGACUUUACCAGUGUCCACAGCUACAGACAGCAGUUAUUACAACAACCAACAGCCUGGACAUUGUGCAGGAUCGCCGUAUGGACAGCUCAGCGCUUACCAAUACCAUGCCAAUGGCUUGAACAGCGUUCCUUACAACACCAAACCGUACGAGCUUGGGUUUAGCAGUUCUUAUAAUUCAUACGGUCCAUAUGGGCCAGAUUCAUCGCCAACACCUACUGAUGCAGAGAAAGAAGAAUGCGAACCUGAAGUUCGAAUGGUGAACGGCAAGCCAAAGAAAGUUAGAAAGCCGAGAACGAUUUACUCGAGUUUCCAACUGGCUGCUCUUCAAAGACGAUUUCAAAAGACCCAGUACUUGGCGUUACCUGAAAGAGCGGAGCUGGCUGCUUCCUUAGGAGUUACACAAACUCAGGUGAAAAUCUGGUUUCAGAACCGACGUUCGAAAUUCAAGAAGCUGUGGAAGAGUGGUGAGAUUCCCCCCGAUCAACAUGCGGGACCCGGCGAGUCUCCGCCCUGCAGCUCCCCUCCGGCCUCGGUCGUCUGGGACUUCCCACAGAGUCAGAGAAUGAACACUGUAAACAGCCUGACUCAGAGCAACAGCCCUCACAACACAACUGCACCUUCUUCUUUUUUAGGGAACUAUUCCUGGUACCCGUCCUCUAACUCAGUACCUCAUCUACAGCCCAGUCCACUGCUGCACCACAACAAUUCAGCAAUGAGCGCUGGGGCAAUAUUUUAAGACUGUCGUAUUAUUGACACACACGCUGAGAAUGACUGAAUUAAAUACUGAGGCUCCCCUUCAAAACAAACAUAUCAUUGGACUGGUUUUGUAUAUAAAAAGAUACAUCAAUGCAGUAUACAUGUUGAACUAUAUUAAACACAGGUAAUUGUGCAUCUACAGCAAAAAUCAUUUUAAUCAUGUUGUAUUCUGCCAAAAUGUUAUGUGUUAUGUCUUCUGGUAGACUUAUACCACAAUAUCUUUCGUGUAGACUGUAUAUAAUGUUACGGCAAUAUUCUUAAAUACCACUGUAAUCCAAAGCAACGAUCACGCUUUAAAUCUUGUUUUAUUUUGUUUUUGUUUUGUUUUUUCUGAAAUAGCAUUUA